CCGUCUGGCUGUGAUUGCGCUGCUCUUCUGAAGCCGCGCCUCAGCCAUCCGCCGGGAGCUGAGCGGGCUCUCAGAGGCGGGAAAGCCUCACCCUCACAGGGUGAAUGAGAAGCCGAGCCCGGGGCGGAACGACUCAGGGGCACUUUUAAUGGUGGGCUGUGUGAGGCAGGGACCGCAGGACUGAAGUAUAAAGCGGGAGAGGAGGCGAGCUUUGCCGGUGUUUCCUAGCGCCCCGGAGAAGCGGUGUCCCCCGUUGGGCAGCGCCGCUGUCCUGAGGCCCGCCACCGCGCUGCCCGCGCGCAGGGCGGAGCCGCCGGCCCGAGGGCCGCAGCGUGCCGGAGGCGGGAAGGCAGCGCGGCAGCGGUUGGAGGCGCGGGCGGUUCAAAUCCAAGCGAGGGAACGCAGCGGCAGCCGCACGCGAGGAGCCGCUGUGGGUGGAGAGAAGCGAAGCGGCUUCUCGCUAAGGGCAACGGGCCCCAGAGCCGGGCGGCGAACUGCUGAGGCGGCAAGAUUCCAGUUCUCUCCAGCUAGCCGGGGAGAGGGAGCUCCUCGCCUUCGCCCUUCCUCGGGGAGCCCUGCCAACAGCCUCGGUGGCAGGGCACCUCCGGGGCCUGUUUCUUGUGCCCAGUGAUUUGCUAGAUGAGGGGGUGAAGCUGUUGCUUUGCUCGUGUCCGGCGUUCCAGGUGACUGAGAGACCCUAGGGUGCUGAUCCCUAGGCAGACGUCGAUUGUCUUCAUCGCUGGGUUAUCCGUAGGGAUACACAGUACCUUAAAUACAGCACCCUUGCUUUGGGAGAUCUCGAGUUGCCUCACAAAUUAGGAAAUAGCGCUGGUAUCUUCACUUGCAAAGCCAAAGCACCAACAGAAGAUGUCAGACAGUCAUUUGGUAACAUUCAGUAUUCUUAAAAGAAAUAGAUUAGCAUCUCCCAGCAGCCAUUUGAGAUGCUCCAGUUUUAAAGACACAUGCUGCACUUCAGUAUUUCUGGACAGCAGAUGCAACAAGUCAGUCAAAGAUCCUGAGGAGCAGCAUAAAGAAGCACUGAGUAUAACAAACUUUUCAUCCCUGCAAGAGCAUUCCAAGCAUAUUCACUCAGGUGCCCUCUUUUCUGUGUCAUCUUCUAUUGAAAAUGAAAUUAAUUCUAUCUCCUUGUCAGAGAGAAGGGAAGCAAACAGAAGUGCAGAUUUUUUUGAAACUCCUAAAGUGAGUAGAAAAAGCUCCUCCCUGCGCAGGAGGCUGCUGUUACCUAGGACUGUUCCUGCUGGCACAGCUGUGGGAUGCUGUGAAGGACAGGCUAGUCCUUCAGGAAGCAGCAGGAAAAAAUUGUUCCCUCCUGUUCUGAGCUCCGAAGAACAGCUAUCGGAAACUGCUUCAGGUUCUCCAAAAGAUGAAAGCUACAAACCUCUGACAACCAGCACUUCCAAACCUCAGGACCCUCAUCCUGAUUGCCCAAAGCGGAGGCUCUCCUUCUCACAACAAAGAACUUCUACGCUAGAUGAGUCCAAAUGUGUGGAGCCCUCAUUGCUAGAACCAGAAUGUUUGUCUCCCAUUCGAUGCAAGGAUACUGUUGUUAGUACUGCCAAUGAAUUCAAUCAAAGUGUCCUUGUGGGUGUAAGUGAAGGGUUACUUGGAACUCCUGCUCACUCUGUGUUACCUGAGGCCCAUGAGGGGAAGUUCCUGACUUGUAUCAACAAUCUUGUAGAGAACUUCAACUUUGAACUAUGUGAUAUAAGCUCUUCCCCUGUUAAGAGGGCAAGUUACCCAGAUCUGUCAACGCCUGAGGACAGUGGAUAUAAUUCACUUCCUUUGGACAAAUCAGAUUUGUCUGAUCGUGAGGGAUCUUUCCAAGAGUGCUUCCAAAAACAUAAAGAAUGUUCCAAAACAGUGGAUAGUAAAAGAAAAAUAAGAAAGCUUGAAAGAGUUAGGAGAUUAUCUACUCUUCGGGAACAGGGCUCGCAGUCAGAGACAGAAGAGAAUCAGGGCUGUCUGCCUAGUUCAGCAAGUGUGGUAACAGAAAAAGGACACUUUGCUGCUGAGGACCAUGUAUUAGUGUCAGAACAGCCCAGUGAAGGCCUGCUUGAUCUCUCAACCAUGCCAGCUCUGAAAAUGGUUCGUGAAAUUUGCUUGCAAAGACAAAGAUCAGACCAAAAUCAAGUAUUGGAGAACGUUGACACCACAGAAAUAUUUGCAUUAGAACAUGUUCUCGCUGGACUUAUUGGCAAGAAAAUGGGCCUGGAAAAAGUAGAUAUUUUAACAGAAUUAAAAUACAGAAAUUUAAAACAUGUUCUUGCUAUAGUUUUAGAUGCUUUGACAGUAGAAAGCCUAUGCAGCAUUUGGAGAGUGAGUAAAAACUGGCGUGAAAUCAUUGUACAGGAUAAAAAUGCGGAUGAGAGGAGAAAGCUGUACCUAAAACAUCUCAGAGAAGCAGUUGGGGACUCUUUCUUGAAAGCUGAAGAUGCCGCCACGAGGCUUUACGUUCUUAACAGAUCUGCUCUAAGGCCUGUUCAAGCUCAAGCCAGAACUCCAGUAGCACAAAUGCUGCCUUCACACAUUGAGCACACACCCAGGAGAUGCAGUUCUGUUCCCCAUUCAACUAGCAGACGAGAAGCGUACUUGAAAGUUGCUAAAACUCUGUUCACUGACGAAGCUCUGAAGCCCUGUCCAAGAUGUCAAUAUCCUGCCAAGUAUCAGCUGGUAAAGAAACGGGGACUGUGCAGCAGAGAUGUGUGUGCAUUUGAGUUUUGUAUUUUAUGUCUGCAGGCUUUCCAUGGGUCAAAAGAAUGUAGUAGUUUAUCUGCAAAACAGAAGAACAAAAAAGAUGCUCCUCCAGGAAGUGCCCAAAGCAAAAGAAAUUUAAAAAGACUCUAAAUGUGUGAGGCAUGCAAGUCCUUGCAUUUAGUUCCUUUUCCCCUUCUCCUAAAUCCCUAAUCUUGUUCAUCCUAAAUAGUUGCAUUUUGAAAGUCUCAUUCAAUGUGUUGUUGGUGACUUCUCUUGAUAACUUCUCACCUGUUAAUCUGAAUUCAGUAUGUUUUUGAAAAAAGUGAACAUUUUGUCUCUUUUUACCUGUUGUGUAGUAGUUGGGAACUUACUAACAUCUUAUUCAAUAAAGUAUCUUAAAUGUAGUCUUCAAUAUCUAGCUUACAGCACCUGAUAGAUGUUUUAAAAUGUGAGUCUUGUCUUAAUGACAAAUUAAAGAAAAUUAUUUAAAAAUA